GCUGGAAGGCGUGUGAGUGAGUGAGGGGCCAAGGUACCGCCCGCGCGAGCACACACACACACACACACACACACACACACACUCACGCACAUCUUCCAGACCCAUCCCCUGCCUGCCAGCUCCACGAGCCAGAGAGAAGCAGAGCGCGGACGCCGCAGGAGGCAGUGCCUGGACCCCAGCUGCCCAGGAGAGACGGAGCCCGUGGCUGGUGAGGCCGCAGAGCAGGGCCAGGCCGGGCCCUGCCCGCAAGGACGCCCAAACCCCUCAUCGGCCCCUGGGCCCCAGAGCUCACCAGGCUCUCCCGCCGGCCCCACCAUGACUUCGGAGUCCACGUCACCCCCAGUUGUGCCCCCGCUCCACUCCCCCAAGUCCCCAGUCUGGCCCACCUUCCCCUUCCACAGGGAGGGCAGCAGGGUCUGGGAGCGGGGUGGUGUCCCACCUCGGGACCUACCCAGCCCUCUGCCCACCAAGCGGACCAGGACCUAUUCGGCGACAGCCCGGGCCUCAGCUGGCCCCGUGUUCAAGGGCGUCUGUAAGCAGUUCUCACGCUCACAGGGCCAUGGCUUCAUCACCCCUGAGAACGGGUCCGAGGACAUCUUCGUACAUGUGUCUGACAUCGAGGGGGAGUACGUGCCAGUGGAGGGCGAUGAGGUGACCUACAAGAUGUGCCCUAUCCCGCCCAAGAACCAGAAGUUCCAGGCCGUGGAGGUGGUGCUCACUCAGCUGGCCCCCCACACUCCCCACGAGACGUGGUCUGGCCAGGUCGUGGGCUCCUAGGCUGGGUGGCUCACAGCCCAGCUGGCCGGGGGGGUGGGGAGCCACACAGGGUGAAUGCGCAGCAGCCAGCUCCACGCCCCAGUGCCCUGGCUGAUCAGUCCUUCGGUGGCCUCAGUGUGCACGUCUGUCUGUCUGUCCGUCUGUGCUUGUGGCUGUGAGCGUGUGCCUCCACCCACCCCAUGACCCGUGACUACUAUGUGAGCCGGAAAGGAGGUGGGUGGAGGGCGAGGCCACCAGACCUGGCUUCUCGCUGUCCACUGCCUUUCUCCUCCCCUCCCUGCCGCAGACACGCAGGACCCGCUCGCCCUCCUACCCACCCAUCCCCAUGGUGACUGAGCCUCGAGAGCCUGUGCUGGGCUCACUCCCUGGCCUCCGCCCCUGAGCUGUCCCAUGUCAGUCCACAGUUCUCUGUGCUACUUACAUCUCCCUCCCUUGGCUGAGGUCCCCCGCCACCAUCUAGACCCUUCCCUCAGAAGCCUGGCCGGUGGGUGCUUUUGGGGAGCCUCCCAGCCACUGGCAGGGGAGGAGGACAAAUACAGAGGCACACAGGCCCCUCACUGCUGAGGCCAGCCUUCCUUCCUGCUCUGCUCUCAGUGCACUAGAGAGGCAGGAAGAGGGGCCUGAGGGCGGAAGGGGUUCGGGGCUCCCAUUUCGCCGGCCAGUCCCUCCUCCUCAGCCUGGCAGUAGCUCUGGGCUCCUUUUCCUGGGCUGUACUGAGCCAAGCCCAGGGGUUUGCAGAGGGUGGGGGUCCAUCUCUCCAGCUUGGCUGCAGCCCUCCUUUACCCUGACUCACAAGCACUACUGAUGCUCUGCGCCACGCCCGGCUGACAGCUGCUGAGGACGCCGCGAUGGACGGACACACGUCCAUCAGGCAGGGCCGGGCUGGGGCACCCACAAGGAGGGCCCUCAGCCUGGGAGACUGGCCCUGCGGCCCCCGCGUCCAACCCUCUUCCCAAAGCCCUGACAGACCAGCGGCUGAGGUGUGGCUCUUGCUUUUACCGUGUCCAUCCCUGAAGAUGUGUGACUGUCGCUGUCACCUGGAGUCCUUUUGGGGCCAAGAUGUGUAUGCACUUGGGGUUGUGGCCAUUCACUCCCAUACAGGGGUGAGGGUGGCCUGGCCCGGGAGGCCAGGAAGGAGGGCCCUGUCUGCCUCCACCUCUGGGCGCACCCCCUGCCUACCACCCUCCCUUCUAGACAGCACAUCGCCUGACUGGGCAGAAGUGGGGCCAUGGUUCAAGGGAGGGCCGGCCAGGGGUGGGACCCUUAUGAGACCCAGUAUGUGAGUAAAACGGGGGGCUCAAAUGCCCAGGAUGAGGGGAUCAGUGACUGUCUAGGAGGAUCCCUGGCCUUGUAGGUGCCCCAAGACCCCAGGGUAGAGAUCAGCCGGGAUGCCUGCAUCCCAACCCUGCCCCCAGGGCCUAUCGCAUAAAAUCUGGGAGCCCAGAGCUGCUGAGGUAUGCUGGUCAGCUCCCCUAAAAUGGGCACGGCCCAGCCUGUCCCAUGAGGAACAAAGGCCCCUGGCCCCUUGAGAGAGGGCUUGUUAGUGAGGGAGGACUCCUGGGGGCCCCCAAGGCUCCCCUCCUGUAGGGAGGCCACCUUUUAAGGUACCACUAUCAGUCAGGAUGUGGUGGCAUCAGCCCUGGGGCCGCCUGGGUGGCAGGGGGGCAGCAGCUCUCCUCCCCACUCACAGGCCUUGCAGUGCCCAUUUGGAAUUCCUCCCAAGACCCCUGGCCACCCAAACCCCCCAUUCUUCCUAACACUGGCAAUAAACCCUCAACUGUGACCCAC